UGGUGUGUGUUGACAGUAGCCUCUACGCCCCAGCAGUUUGCCUGUACAUGUCCACCUGUAGGAUUCCUUCCAUUUGGCAAAUUAUCUUCAGUUUCAUUCUAAAGCAUGUUAAAGUUUCGUCAUACUAACAGCACUUAUCAUGGAGUUUCUGCGUCAUGGCUGUGGGUCAUCAGUUUCACUAAGCUUCACCUGGCUCCUCUCCAAACCUCGGUGACACAGCGGGACAAUUAGAGACGAGACGGCGAGGGAAUUGACGAGCCUACACACUUGCAGCAUGACUACCGUGGAGAAGGAGUGACUCCCACAAAAUAUCUCAGAACCUCUUCAUCUACUCCUGCUGUGGGGUCCCUGAGGUCAAAGGUCAGGAUGAUGCAAAGGAUCCUCCACAACAUGUACGUGGAGCCGGAACUGCUGGCCGAGCUGAACGAGGAACAAAAGCAGAUCCUCUUCUACAAGAUCCGGCAGGAGCAGGUGCGGCGCUGGAAGGAGCGCGAGGCUCGAGAAGAAAGCUCAGAGAAGAACUCAGCUCCAUCACCGAGGGAGGGAGAGAGAAAGCACAUUCAGUGGCUCCAAGGCAUGGAUGGUGAGGUGUGGGUGUGGGUCAUGGGUGAAGCUCCCGGAGAUAGAUCUUACGAGCAGAUCAUCACUGAGCUGAUGGAGGAGAAAGCACGGAGGCAGGCCCAACUAGAGGCUCAGGAGCUGUGGCAAAAGAAAGAAGCCGAGAUCAAGCAGAAGUUCAGGGACGCCAUCGCUAAAGAGAAGGCACGUCUGGUAGCCGGGAAGUGGAAAGAGGAAGCAGAGGACAGGAAGGCGGCCAAACUGGAAGAAGAGCGCAUACAGGAGGAGCUAAAGAAACGUGAGGAAGAAGAGAGGCAGAAGGGAGAGGAAGAGGUUCGGUGUGCUGAGGAGAAGCGAGUGAAAGAGCUGUACAUGACGCUACAGCUGGAGCAAAAACAAAGUGAAAAGGAUGACAAGGAAUGGGAAGAACAACUGCAGCGCUCCAAGGCGGCAGAUGAGGAGAUGAUGAGGAGAGCACGCUGGGCGAGGGAUGAAUAUAAGCGUCAGUCCAUCCGAGCCAUGGAGAAAGGCCAUUUCAAGCAGCAAAUGCCCGUAAGCAGGAGACACAGUGCAAUCGGAAUAGAGCCAUCGGACAAAUCGCAGGAUAAAGUCCCGUCUAGCGGUAAAGAACGUCCUCGACCCGGCCUCCAGCCUGCAGAUCCUCCACUGUACCGCCGAAGACAGAGCCGCAAACACAGCAGCGCUGCAGCACAGCCACUCAUGGAUAGCCCUGCCUGGGUUCGUGCUCCUCGUCCCAGCUCUAGAGAAUCAGUCAUACUGUGGUUCUCUGAGGACCAGAAGCCAAAGAGGGCUGGAUAUGAACGGAUGAGCAGCACCAUCGCCACGUGGUUUCAUGGAAUAAUUACACGUGAGGAAUCAGAGAAAUUACUGAUGAACGAAGCUGAAGGCUCCUUCCUGGUGCGAGUCAGUGAGAGAAUUUGGGGAUACAUACUGUCAUAUCGCACAGCCACUGGCUUCAAACACUUCCUGAUUGACGCCUCGGGGGAUUAUUACAGUUUUCUAGGCGUGGACCAGAACCGCCACGCCACUCUCGCUGACCUCAUCGAGUUUCACAAGGAGGAAGUCAUUACCACCACUGGAAAGGAGCAGUUAAAGGAGGCGUGCAGGCACACUACGCCCCCUGGAGACUACGGAGGACUUUUCCCAUAAUCACUAACUUUCCUUUGAACUUUCACAAUCAUUAUUUAUUAAUUGUUAGAUACUAGUCUCUAUAAGCUAAUGUAUUCAAAGGAAAUGGAAAGUGAUCUCUUGAUGAGUAUGGGGAAGCCUACUGUAAAUAUGUAGACUGCAGCAGAAUGUGGAAAUGGACAUUUGACCUUCUAGAGCUUCAGCCAGCAGCAGCAGUGAAACUCCACGCUUAAUGCCAUUAUCUGUCUCUCAAAGAAAGGCUUUCUUCUUUGCUUAUUCAUGCACUGAUGAGCAAAAAUA